GUGUGCUGUUAUUUUCGGACUUGGAAUUGACCGUAUAGCUGUACAUACAUGUACACUGUGUCGUGCAAAUAAGUUGGACUGUCGUUGAAAUGUGGUCACUUGACAUCUCCGAAGUAUAGUCUUACCUAGCGCAUGAUCAAGGAGACGCUGUUUAUGGGGUCUUCGUUUCACGCUGCAUCUGGGACCAAUGUGCAGUCUUGGCCAGAUUAUGCCAAAUGUAAAGAGCAGUGACAAUACGCAGAUAUAUAUCCCAAGUGUAAACAUACCGAUGGACCUUGGGUUGUAGGUCCAAACAAAAACCCAAGGCGUUAUAAGUACUGCAGAUCUCGAUCUGAUUCGGACAUUUUUUCGGCUAGAGUCUUUGAGUUUCCAACUGCUAAAAAGGCAUGCCUCUCCCUGUUGGUAAUAAAGUGGCUGGGAUGACGGCAGUGGCAACCCUUACGGGGCUGCCGCUGGCAACCGUGGCUUUCCUUCGCCUCAAGUACGGUCCCACGGUUUUCCAAGACCUGGCCAGCAUUUGGCAAAGAAGGCGUCUCCAAAAGUUACUGGCCACGUUCCAGCAGAAGAACGUCAAACUCGUCGAUUUCUUCGAGGAACACGCCAAGCAGACACCAGAGAAGGUGUUCAUCUUGUACCAAGACGAGCUGCACACUUACGGAGAAGUGGACAAAGAGGCUAACAAACUGGCUCGGUUUGUGAAGGGAACUAAGGCCGUGAUGUGCUUGGACACUGUAGGGAUAUUCAUAAUGAACGAGCCCAGUUUCGUUAUCUCCUGGUUGGCCUUCAACAAGCUCGGCCUGCGGAUUGCUCUUCUGAACUAUCACCUGACAGGUGAUGCACUCCUCCAUUGUAUCAAAGCUUGUAAUGUGAAAGCGAUUAUCUGUGGUGCAGAUCAACGUUUGAUGGACUCCAUAGAGGCUAUCCUGCGUGAACUGCAGAUGCUUGGCAUCCGAGUAUGGAUCAUUGGAGACCGGGAGAAACAGCCCAUUCCUGAGGGGAUGGUCCGUGUUCAGACGUGGAACGAGCGCAGUGAUCCCAUACCGCGGAGCGAACGCGAGGGCAUGUCUAACUUUGAUGACGCACUGUACAUCUUCACUUCAGGAACGACCGGUCUCCCCAAGCCAGCGAAGAUACCGCAUUACCGCCAAGUCCGGACUUCCUUCAUACACUAUUCGUUUGGACUGGCUAAGGAUGACGUCAUGUACACGUCACUGCCUCUUUACCACAGCGCUGCCUUAAACGUGGGUCUCGUUAAUGUCAUACGAGUUGGCUGUACCGUAGCUCUGGCUAAUUUCUCCGUUCGGAGAUUUUGGGAUGACGUCCGCAGAUACCGCGCCACCGUGAUUCAGUACAUCGGGGAGACUUGUCGUUACCUCCUCGCACAGCCACCGCGACCGGAUGACGGCAAGUACUCUCACAAAAUUCGCUACGCUAUCGGCAACGGUCUCCGGCCCGAUAUAUGGGUAGAAUUUCAAAAGCGAUUCAACAUCGGUCACGUCGCUGAAUUCUACGGUGCCACCGAAUUACCAUACUUCAUCGUCAACAUGGACGGCAAAGUGGGAAGCGCUGGAAGAUACCAUGGUAUUUUCAGGGCGUUGACAGACUACAUCGUAAUCGUAGAGUGUGACACGGAGACAGCUCAACCACUUCGUGGUCCAGACGGCAAAUGUAUUCUCAUGCCUCCAGAGGAAGGUGGUCUAAUGUUGGUCCGUCUCGAUGAUAUUUCAAUGCGCUUCGACGGAUACCUUGGCGACAGUUCAUUGACUGAAAAGAAACUGGUCCGAAAUGUGAGGAAAGAUGGCGACUCGUUCAUUAACACUGGCGAUCUGAUGGUACAAGACAAAGAUGGUUACCUAUAUUUCAAAGACCGACUUGGAGACACGUUCAGAUGGAAAGGUGAGAAUGUUGCAACAACAGAAGUGGCUCAUAAUUUAAACCAGUACCCAGGUGUACAAGAGGCUAACGUGUAUGGCGUACGGGUUCCAGGUCACGACGGCAGAGCAGGAAUGGCUGCAGUCGUUUUCAGAAAGACACAUCAGCUUGACCCUAAGGCCUUCUACGAUCACGUGGUCGGGUCAUUGCCGCUCUACGCAUGUCCAAAGUUUCUGCGAAUCAUGGGAGAGAUGGACAUCACAGGUACAUUCAAACACAAGAAGAAUGACCUCGCCCGUGAGGGAUUUGACCCCAAUGUCAUAUCAGACCCUCUCUUCUUCAUGGAUGAGGAGAAAAAGACUUACACACCCUUGGACGACGAGGCCAUGCAAAGAAUUGUCAUUGGAAAAGCCAAACUAUGAAUACUGAAAUGUAAAGCUGACAAAGACUUCGUGAUUCAUACCGAUUUCAUUAACGAAAACUGUUAUCAGUCAAUGAAAGUUUACAUUGAUAAAAUCAAAGUUUCUAGGUAACCGGAGGACAUUGCUGAUUUGUUGUUUUUUUAAAUGUGGGAAUGUGUUAAGUAGAACACCAGUUAUUUGCUUUAUUCACAAGACUAUUCACCCAGUGCUAGAUAUCGUCAACUAAUUUAUUUCGAUAUGUCCGCCAUGACAGUUUGAGAAAUUGUGUUGUGUUUUUUACAAGGUUGAAAACCGCGCUUACGUCUCACCAAACAGUUUUUACUUGAGUGUUAUAUAUCAGACCUAUCCGUUUAUGUGGAAGAAACACAGUAUAUAUUGCCGUGUCCGUUUCAACGAGGGCAAAAUUCGCAGGAAAUUUGUCGUGAUUUUUAUCGUGCAUUUGGUUUACAGUCCAUACUAGCUCUCGUAGUUUUGCUCCGGGUACUCCGAAUUCCUCCUUCCUCUAAAACCAGACUUUCUUCCUAACUCCAUAAAGUGAUGCUGAUUAUUAAAUUAUUAAAUAAACGUACAGUAAUUGGCUCAAAUAGCCUGAG